ACGCACGCUGCUGAUUCGCCAGAGCCCGUAUCAGUCAAUGCCGAAGCACAGCCACGCCAGACCCCUUCCACCCCUGUGGGUGUCGCUCCUGUACAGCGCCCACGUUUGUUCUCCCCAGUCAGUGACGGGGAGAUGGAGACGCACGAAAGUGGCCGCGAUCACGCCACUCUGGACUCCGGCCUGUCCCAUUCACAUCGUAACAUUAGGUGGCUGGAAAGACUACCAGCAGUGACGGGGUCAGGUGGAUGCAAAUGGUGUCCACUGCCGGGGAUCCAUUUCUGCCUCACCACUCCAUGAAUGCUGGCCCCAUUGACGCGACACUGCACGAAAUCGCUGCACCACUCCGAGUGGUCCGACGACUCAUGCGUUCCGGAUCAAGGCAUCCCUAUAGCGUGGCACCCAUGUAUGUUUGCACUAAAGACGGUCUGGCCACUCUAGCAUUGUGUGACAUGCGUGGUUCUCAGUCCUGUGCCAACAACUCCCUUCCCCACACUGUCCCUUGGCCCACACACUUCGUGCCCCGCCUUUGCUCCAGCAUGCAUACUGCACGUGGCUCUUGCCGUGUCUCUCUUUUGGCCACUGGGUGCUGGUCCCCGCUAAACUCUAGCUCUAUUUGUGGGGUAUUGUGUUUCAGCUCGUGGCCCCUUUCCUUUUUAAUACUCUGACGGCAAAGGGAAGGUCUCCCCACAGCUUGGGGUACAGUUUGCACACCUAUGCAUGCAGGCUCUCAUGGUCAGGGUUCUGCCACUCAAGACUUAUGCAAUUGUGGACGUGCACUCAAAUGCCUGCCGGAUAACAAUCCUCCAGCCAGUGAAGGGGCUGAUUAGGGACGCGAGGUAAGACGUGUGAGCCCGAAUAACUCACAGGUGCAGAGGAGACAUAGGAGGAGCAUAGGAGGAGCAUAGGAGGAGCAUAGGAGGAGCACAGGAUCGACAGAAGCACUAGGAGCGCCUGCUAGAGGCUAGCGUCUUACAGGUUUAGCUGUCUGUUUCCUUCAACACUUGCCGUGACCUGAGGCACCUACAAGUCAGAUGUGCGGCUCGAAGGCUCAUCGUGCGAGGAGCGGCAGAGGCAGGGUCGAAUGCGGUUCGGUGCGGUAACCAUGCUCGCAGCUCUUUUCUGCGUGUGAAGGAGGAGGUUGCGUUGCGUAACGUCACAGCACUGAUCAUCUCCCCGUGUCACUCCGUACCACUCUGUACCUGCCCGUACCUGUCCAUACCUCUCCCCGUAUCCCCGUGGUGGAGCCGAUGCUUCUCUUUCUCGUCCUUAAGUCCUCAAGCAUCGUCUCUGGACUUAACCAUUUCGUACAAGGAAGUUACGCAAUAGUCCGCGACGCAUUGGCCCACAGGGCUUUCACCAAGUCCGUUCCCGGAAUUCAGUCAUGUCUCUAGCGCUCACACGGUGCUAAGUGGCGAUUAAGGACGAACUUGGAGGCGCGAAUGGUUCGGCGCACUCGCUUACAGGACAUCCCGUCUCAGGGGAUUUCGCGGCGUCGCUGAUCCGGUUACAGCGUCGCUAGAGCGACAAGCUGUUACGCUGUGAACUAGCAGUAGCAGCAGCAGCAGAAGAAACUGCUGAUAGCAGCGAUAUUGCAACCGGACCAGCAGGGUCAGCACAAGGCACCUACCUACCGCCGAUUGCGGCGGUGGCGGCGGUAGCCGCGUCGCUAGGCGCCAUGGACGGCGGUGUAGCUACCACCACCGGCAGUGGCGGCGGCGGCGGCGGCGGCGGGGGUGGUGGCGGGGAGUUGAGGAAAGGGCCGUGGACAGCGGAAGAGGACGAGCUUCUGGUGAAGUGCAUUCGCGAGCACGGCGAGGGCAACUGGAGCUCCGUGCCCAAGAAAGCAGGGCUGCAGCGGUGCGGCAAGAGCUGCCGGCUGCGGUGGGCGAACUACCUGCGGCCGGACCUGAAGCGAGGCACGUUCACGAACGAGGAAGAGGACCUCAUCGUCGCGCUGCACAAGAGCAUGGGCAACAGGUGGGCGAAGAUAGCGAUGGAGCUGCCGGGGCGCACGGACAAUGACAUCAAGAACCACUGGAACACGCGCAUCAAGAAGAAGCUUCGGGAGGAAGGCAUUGACCCCGACACGCACCUCCCGCUCUCCUCCCUGCCGCCAGAUCACGUGCCCAGCAAGCCGCACAAGAGGGGACCUCCCCCAGGUAGCGCCUCCACCCGGCCCCUCAAGGGCGUCAAAAAGGCCUCUCCCCUCGCUGCUGCUGGUGCUGCUGGUGCUGCCGGUGCUGCUGGUGCUGCCACUGCACCCACUGUUCAUGCCCCUCGUGCUGCCAGUGCCCCUCAUAGUACUGCUGGUACUGCCGCUGCCCUUCCAGACCAUAGUGCUGCUGUUGCGGCAGCAACAGCUGCUGCUGCUGCUGCUACCUCAUCUGCUGUCGCUCCCGCCACUGCUCCCAUUCCUGCUGGCUACACAUCAGCCGCAGGAGCAUCAACCUCCUCUGCUGCCUCCGCCUCCGCCUCUGUGUCAACCACUUCCGCCUCCUCUACCCCCACCGUCCCCUCCUCUCUCCCCAUCACUCUCCCCACACACACCCCCAACCACCCUCCCGACCUCCCGCCUCCCUCCUUCCAAACCUCCUCGGGAAAUGGAGGUGGGGGUAUGCCAGGAGGCCGGUUGGCGCAGGGACUUGAGGGGAGGGGUGUGGGGGAAGGGAGGGGAGGACAGUACUAUUCCCAAGGACAGAUGAUUGGGUGCGAGGGGUUGGGAGGGGAGGGAGAGGGUUUGGAGGAAGGGGGAGGCAUGGGCGGAGUGGGUGGAGAGGAAGAGAGUGAGGAGGCUGAAAUGGGGGAGGGGAGUGUGGGUGGGUGGAAAGAGGGAGAGGAGGAGCGAGGAGGAAGAGGAGGGGAAGAGGGCCAAGGGGGAGGAGGAGGAGGCGGAGGAGGAGGGGGAGGAGGGAAGAGAGGGAGAGACCGGGGGAAGGGAUCGAGUUUGGAUAGCUUGGACUUAGCAGCGAAGGGGCUUGAGAGUCUUCUGAGUGGGAAGACGGAGGGGGAUUUGCAGGAGCUCCUGCAACAGCUGCAGCAGCUGCAGCAGCAGCAGGAGGAGGAGCAGAAGCAGAAGGGGUGGCAACUGCGGCAGCAGCAGCAGCAGCAGCAGCAGCAGCAUCCACAUGUUAGAUCCCCUCCCACCUAUUCUGCUCGAAGAAAACCUCCUGGAAGUGACCUGGCUGGUAGCUCACUGGAAGGAGGGGAAAUGAGGGAAGAGAGUGAGGGGCGGGUUGGUAUUGAGGAUAAGUUAAGGGUAAGGGGCGACUUUAGAAGCAGCAGGGAGGGGGCGGUUGCGGGGCAGGGGAAUGUGGCGAAUGCGGCGCUGGCCCUGCUAGGUGGCAAUGGAGGAUGGCGAAGGGAGAGAAGGGGACAGUUAGGCAAUGCAGCAGAGGGGGAGCAAGGUCCUGGGGGUCUGGUGGGGGGAUUAGGGGUGAGGGAGGGAGGUGUGAGGGGGAGUGGAGGGGGGCAGCGAGUGGCAUUGGAAGGAGGGGCCGAGAGGGGCGUGGGAGAGAUUGAGGGGAAAGGAGGAUAUGGUGGAGGGAGGGGAGAUGGUGCGGCUGGUGGUGCUGCUGCCCCUGCCAUUGCCGCUGCUGCCACUGGUGGUGGUGGUGGUGGUGGUGGUGGUGGUGGUAGUGGUGGUGGUGCUAGUGGGAGUAACGCCAGAGGUGCGGAGUCAGCAGGAGCAGGAGGGGCGACGGCAGAAGGUGGGGAGCCAGAAGUGUCUCCUACCAGCGUCAUCAGGCAACUCCUGCGGGCUGCUAGACAGUCCGGCUGCGCCGCUGCUGCCCCCACCGCCCCUCCCCUCGACCCCUCUGCUGCCCUACCCGCCUCCCUUUCCAACCACCACCAGGCCACGGCACUCCCAAUAGCCCACCACCGUCACCAACCCUCCCAUCACCAUCACCAGCAUCAACCCUACGCCCCGCCACCUUCCUCGCAGGCAGCGACAGCCGCGGCUGCAGCAGCAGCUGCAGCGGCUAUGGCGGCUGCAGCGGCCUCUGGGCGGUCCCCGUUGCCUGGGCUGGGCGGGUCAGGGUUGUCUCUGGAGCAUCUGCAGCGCGUGGCUGCACUGCUAUCCGCCUCCAAUCACCUCCCCCGCGCCCCUCACGCCCCUCAGUCUGCGGCUGCAGCAGCAUCGGCAGCAGCAGCGCUUAAUUCCUCACUGAUUUCCUCCCCGCAGCUCCUCACGGGUUCAGGGGCUAGUGCUGCGGCUGUGGCAGUGGCAGCAACAGGGGCUGCUGCCGCUGCUGCUGCAACAUCAUCAGUGCCUCUUGGAGGUUCGGCUUACCUCCAUCCGUUCACGCACACUCUCGCACAACCCCACUCACACUCACACUCACAGGCUCCCUCACUCCCUCGUCCGUAUACACACUCCCUCACACACUCAUCUAUACCGUCCCAUCCUAGACCACCCUCAGUGAUCCAUCCCCGAACCAGUCACCCCUCUGUGCACGCCCAAGGGUACAGGCGGGGUAGGGAAGGGGAGGAGAGUGGAGAGGAGGAGGGGCAAGAGGAGGAGAGAGAUCCAGCGCCGAAAGAGCAGCAGAGAAGCGAGGGGAUGGGAAAGAGAGUCAGGGACGGAGAGCAAGGUGGUGAUGGGGAUGCUGGUGGUGAGGAGGAGGAGACGAGGCACGUGGCGGGGAGAAGAGGCGUAGAGUCUGGGGAACAAGGGCCCAAUCUGGUUGCAGGCAAAGCAGUAGUAGCAGCAGCAGUAACAGAGCAGGGUCAGUUGGGAGUGGCAGGGACAGGGACAGGGACAGGGACAGGGACAGGGACAGGGACAGGAGGGGGCAGGGGAGGAGGAACGGUGGGUGAGUUAGGAGGAGGUCAGGAGAGAACAGCCCCGCUAUCCAUAUCCACUUCCUCUGCCUCUGCCUCUGCCUUCUCCCCUGCACCUAGCAUCUUACCACGGCCACCACUGCCUAAAUCCAUGCACCCACCCUCCUCAACCCCAGCAGCAGCAGCAGCUGCUGCAGCUGCAGCAGCAGCAGGCCUGCCACCAGCCCCCACAGGAGCAUCGAUAGCCGCGGCCGCUGCAGCAGCAGCAGCAGCUUCGCAGGCGGCGAUGGCCGUGGCAAGGAAACGCCCGUCUGCGUUCCGAGUGCUGUCCGUGGUCAUUCCCUCGGAUAACGGCCGUGCAGACCACGCUCCCCUUGCUGCUGCGCCGUCACCAGGAGCAGCAGCACCAGCAAUGACCGCUGCUGCUGCUGCUGCUGCUGCUUUCUCGUCGGCUGCUGCUGCUGCCGCUGCCGGUGUUGCUGGUGUUGCUGGCCACGGGGGAUUGCCAGGAGGGCAUACCUACAUGAGCCCCUUCCCUCCCAGAAGUCCCUGGGGCAGCGACGGCCAGUUCUGGGACUUGGCGUCAGAAACGACGGACAUGGAGGGGGUGGUCCUCCCCAGCCCGCACAUCAUCCCGCCCACGCCCUUCAGCGCCGCCUUCCCCAAGCCGCACAGCGCCGGCGCAGCUGUGCGGGAGCUCACAGCGUUCGACAAGCCACUUGUGUCCCCCGCCGUGCCGUUCUUCCCGCGGACGCGCUCGUUCAUUCGGAUGGUGAGGAGCAUUGCGGAGGAGGAGGGGCCGGAGGCGCUGGAGCGGCGAGAGGGGGUUGAGGGGGGUGAGAAGGGUGAGGGGGGUGAGGGGGGUGAGGGGCCGGAGGAGGAGGCGCAAGGGCGUGGCGGGACUAGUGGUGCUGGUGAGCAGGGUACGGGUGAUGAUGGUGGUGGUGGUGGUAGAAUGCAUGCGGAUGGCACUGAGGAAAACGGUGGUUGUGGUGGUAGUGGUGGUGGUACUGUGGGGAGUGGCGAUGAUGAUGGGGAUGGUUCUGGUGGUGAGAGGGAUGGGAGUGGCAGUGGCAGUGGUGGUGGUGCUGCGGAUGGCACGGUGAAUCAAGGAGAAGGAGGAGAGGAGGGGCGGGCAGUAGGAGAUGAGGCAGCAACAGCAGCACACCGUGCGCCAGGCUCUUCAGCAGCAACUGCAGCUCUACCAGCAGAGGAAUCCAAUGCCUCUGCCUCUCCCACUCAUGUGCCUCCUGCUGCUGCUGCUGCUCCUGCUGAUGGUGAUGGUGCUAGUGGAAUUGGGUCAGGAAACGAGUGUGGCAGAGAUACAACCACCACUGCCACCGGUAUUGCAGCUCCAGAUACUCCUGCCAACGCGCAAGCACCAUCAGGAACAGCAACCGCAAUCGCAACCACAGCCGCAACCACAACUGCAACAAAAACACCAGCAGCUGCAGAAUCUGCUGGCAAGGCAUUGCAGGAGCCACAUGCAUCAGGCACCAGGGCUGUCGGACGGCUGGGAGGCAGCUCCAUGAUGCGCCCUCCGCGCCUCUCGCCCGCCCCCCCCGGCCUUGCAGCAGUGGCGGCCGCAGCGGCAGCAGCAGCAGCUGCAGCAAUGACAGGCCCGGUUGAGCUUCUGCCAGUGAGAGGAGUUGUCAAUUGGACCUGUGCCUGCUCUCUCCACUCGUGUCAACUCUGACUUGCGACAAAGCCUCGCCUGCUGCCCAUUUCCCUCUCUCUGCUUCUCCCCCACUUCUCCCUGCCCGUCGCCCUUCUCCCCUCCUGUCCUUCAAACAUGUCUCUCUCUGCCCCUCCACCCCUCUGCUCCUCUACCCCUUUACC